GAGAGGGAGGACCGCGCGGCGCGCAGCGGCGGACCCAGUGAGACGUGUGGGCGAGCCGCCAGGGCCCAGUGCCGGCAGCUGACGGACUGAGCAGGCGGCUGGUGGUGACGCCCGCCAUGCCUCAGGUGGCCUGUCAGAAGUUCACCGUGAGCAGGGACUCGGUGACCCGGGCGGCCGCUCGCGCCGCACGGUGGAAGAAGCUGCCCACGGACCGCGGGAAACUGAGUGACAAGGAGAGCGGCUUCGAGUCGAGUCCGAACAGCCCGCGGGCUGAGUCGGGCCUGGAGCACGCCCAGCACGCGCCCGGAUCGCAAGAGUUGGCGCUGCGCGGGGCGCAGGAGCAGCAGCACAUCUCUCUGGACUGUUUCGAGUUCAUCAAGAAGCUGGGCUCCGGCGGGUACGGCAGCGUGGUGCUGGUGCAGAAGAAGGGCGGCCGCGACCACCGCGCCCACUACGCGCUCAAGAUGACGGCGCUGAACCGGGCGGCGCUGGUGGAGCGCGACAUCCUGCCGCGCCUCCAGAACGUACCCUACACGCUCGACCUGGCCUACGCCUUUUUCGACGCGCGCCUCGGCAAGGCCUUCCUCGUGCUGCCGUUCGCGGCCGGUAAGGACCUGUUUUCGCUGGCCGGGCCGUGCACCAACCCCAAGAAGAAGCCCGGCUACCUGCGCCGCAUGUUCCACCACAACUACAUCAAGUACCUGCACCGGGUCCGGCUCAUCCUGGCAGAGCUCUGCGUGGCCAUCAGCUACCUCCACAAGCUGAACAUAAUGUACCGCGACCUGAAGCUGGAGAACAUCCUGGUCUUCGGCGACGGGCACAUCCGGCUGGCCGACUUCGGCCUCUCCAAACUGUUCGAGGACGGCGAGUCGACGCAGCUCACCGGAAAGACGGGCACGCCCGACUACAUGGCGCCCGAGGUGCUGCAGUCGAGCGGCAGCUUCUGCGCGGCGACCACAUACAGCUUCGAGGCCGACCUCUGGGGCCUGGGAGUGAUCGCCUACGAACUGAUCGUGGGACAGCUGCCGUUCCGGGGUCAGGAGAUCUCCGAACUCGAAUGCGCCAUCCUGGGCGGCGCGGUGGAAGUGCCGCGCUCCUUCCUGGAGGAGAAGUUCGGCCGUCUGUCGCGCCAGGAGCGCGCCCUGGCGCUGGCCGCGCUCAGCUUUGUCAAGGCGCUGCUGCGCGUGUCGCCGCGCCACCGGCUCACCAACGACGACAUCCCGCGACACAUCUUCUUCCAGGACCUGGACUUUGAGCAGAUCGCCACCGGCGACCACGACGACCCGCCGUUCGACAUCCGACGCAUCGACGCCGAGCGCGACGACUCACGCGAGGUGGAGCCGAUCCCGGCCGCGUUCGCCGGCCGACUGUCGGUGGCCAGCAGCGCCAAGUCGCCCGACAAGAGCGGCUUCGACAGUCCCAGCCGGUUCGCCAACUACCACUACGUGCGCCGGCCGUCCGGCUGGUACUUCUCCGACCUGGAGGGCUCCCAGUGCGAGGACAGCCGCGCCGACCUGCCCGACGGCGCAGGCUACGCCGAGGAGGCGGCGCUCGACCACAGCGCAGCCGAGGAGUCCUGCGUGGCCCUCGAGGACGUGCCGGGCCUGCUCGAGUACGAGGCCAUCCUGGCCGAGGACACCAGCGUGGAGAGCGACGACCUGGUGCUGCUGAUGCCCGGCGGCUGGCGGCCCGACCGCCACCCACACACGGACGUCGUCGCCUCGUCUGAGAGCCGCUCCGACAGCGCCAUCGACGAGCGACACGUCGAGCACGACGCUGAGGCGGCGGCGCCUCCGAUGGCCGCGUCCACGCCGGUCAAGACCGAGAUUGAGUUGUUCCCGCGCGUGCGCGUGGUGCCGAGCCAGCCGUGCUCGCCGCCGCGCUGCUCGCCGGCGCUGCCAGCGGCGGCGCGCACCAUGCCCAACCUGCUGCCGGUGGCCAGUGUCCGACGCCGGCUGCGACUGGACGAGGUGUCGCCGCCGCCGGCCGCGCGACGCGUCACCAGGAGACUGGCCGCCGCCGCCGUGUCCCCGCCGCGCCCGGAGGCCGACCACUCCGAGUCGUCGCUGUCGACGGUCCACCAGUCGUGCACGCCGUCCCGCUUCGAGCGCGACUCGCCGCUGUCGCCCUCACCAGAGAAGACGCCGCGUGCUGACCAGCACUCGCUGCGGCUCGAGGGCGACUCGUCCCUCUCCCAGUCAGCCGAGUGGAGCGGGGAGGCCUGGCAGUCGGUCUCCUCGGCCUACCAGUCGUGCACGCCGUCCCGCUUCGAGCGCGACUCGCCGCUGUCACCCUCACCAGAGAAGACGCCCGACCAGGAGCAGCGCUCGCCGGCGGCUGGCCGCGCCUGGGAGCUGCUCUCUCCGGCUGAACAGUCAUGCACUUCGUCACAAUUCGAGGGCGAGUCGUCCUUCCCUGUGACCCCGGAGAAGACUCUGAGCUCUGCAAGAGGCGCCGGCUCCAACAGAGGCUCACCAGCGGCUUCCGCAUCGCGUUCUGUGAUCAGAAGCUGGGCGCCCCCGCCCACGCCUCCGCCCCCGUCAUCCGCCGAGCGGUCCUGGACGCAGGCCGAGCGGGAUGCCGCUCUGUUCGUCUCGCCGGUCGGGAUGCCCGCCGCCUCAGCGUUCGAGAAGGUCCACAACUCGGGGACGUCUGAGCAGCUCUCGGACGGCUCGGCUCGGCUGCACACUGCGCUCGGCCGGCCGCGAGGCUCUCCGGCGGGCCUUGCUGCGGCGGAGGCGCCGCCCCUGCGGCCCUCCAUGAAACGCUCGUGGGUGUCGCCGUGGGACGAGGAGCCGGGGCCGUCGCGGGCGCGCCCCCGCCGCGCCGCCGCCGCUGCUGCCGCCGCCGCGCUGGCCGCCGACACCUCGCCGCACCUGCCGCCGAAGAAGAGGCGCCGUUUCCGCGCGCCGGAGCCGUCCGGGGCGCGGUGGCCGUCCCCGCUGGUCGGCGACGGGCCGCGCGUGGUGGUGGAGGCCGCCGGCCAGCCGCUGCCGGUCUACUCGCUGCGCAGCGCCGGCCGCCGGUGAGCGCCGGCGGCGGCGGCGGCGGCACCUCUGCAGCCGACGCGCCCUCUACAGUACAAAGGCUGCCGGCUGGCCGCGCUCAGCGCAGCUGCUCGGUGCGUUUUGUAUGCGUGUGUGUGUAAUUUGUGUUACGCGUGGUACGUGCAAUGUUUAGCCUGCAGCGCCGUGUCCGUACAAAGAGGUGCUGGCGGAACCCCCAUGGUCGCCUUGGUCCGCCCCACGGCGCCGGCUGUGUGAUGCAGCCCAUGUUAGCCCAUGUGAUGACGAAAUGCUUAACAGACUGAGGUCUUUCACACGUAAUCAUGGUACCCGAGCUUUCCCGAAUGACGUAGUCGAGUGAAGGAAGCGUGAUCUUAUCUUAUCUAGCCAAUUAGUCAACGGCCCCAGUCGUACACCAGUCAUGCAGUGGAAUCAGCCGACCGGUGUCUUUUACCGAGCCAAAUCUCCAUGUGAAACCAAAGCCAGAGCUCAGCCGUGCGCUAUUGUUGCUCACAGAGGCAGUCGCGCGUCUGCCAGUGGUGUUCCGAGCCGCUCGGUCCGCCCGGCCGGCCUCUGAGGACGGCACAGAGCUCGCGGAGCGCGCACUAUGAACGGUGCUGCGGACAGAUGGAGCCGCGCGGUUUUUAAUGUGAUGCGGGCGAGUGUAAUACCGAAUGUUUCUAUGUCUAUACCACGGGUCCGAGUCCGAGUCACUGUCACAGGGUGUGUCUGAGCCAUUUUCACGAGAUCGGGCUGUGCCUGAGUGCUGGUCACCGGUGUGUGUGGGGGGGGGGGGGGCGCGCAGUCGGCGCUGUGGGACACCCGACUGGGUACGGGUGCACCCGUCUGCUGGCCAGACUACGGACCUGGAAGGCGCUGCCAUCAUCGCACGAGCAUGGGUCAUCUCUUGUACCACAUUGUUGUAUAUAUUUUCAAUGAAAAUAUACAAAACUGACAA